AUGGGAGAAAUAUCAGCGGGAUCCACGCCUGUAGAACCACAAUUAACGCAACAACAGGCAGAAUGGCUAUGGCAAUCGAAUCCCGAUCCAUGGGCAACGACAGAAACACCUGAAUGGAGUCGUCAAAUGAGAUUUUAUCGCGAUUAUGGUACAAGAAAUUAUGUGGGUUUGGGUGUAGGUAUAUGGAUUGGGACUGAAACAAAAGAUAAUGUCUAUGCUGAGUGUAUGUUUAUUAAUGUGCCUAUCGAUUGGAAUGAGGCUAUCACAUGGGCUAUCACCAAUUGGACAACCUGUACAGAAACCAUGCAAAUCUUUGUUAAACGUUAUUUUAUAUUAGGUCAUGAAAAUAGUUCUCAUCAUCUAUGGCGAAUACCAGGUGGAGGGAGUCUGCCUAUAUAUGUUAUGGAAAAUGAAGCCAUAAGUAUUGUAGCAACACAACAUGGUUUAAUAUCUGUAUAUGCAACUGACAAAUGA